UCGAGGGUGCGGCGCUUAUCUACCGCUUAUUCGCCGCGGUGAAGGGCUGACACAAGCUCACAGCUCGUCGACGAGCUGUCAGCAAGCCAGCACAGCUCGUAGCAGCGUGCCAGCAUCAUGGCUCGCGGGUCUCAGCGAAAUAGGACGAGACGGCGCCUGCGCGUCGCGCUAUCGACGAUAGCGUGCUGCGCGCCCGCGGCCUCGCUCGUCGCUCCCGUCGCGCGAACAGCGCGCGCCAGCGUCCAGCGGUCGGCCUACGACAUGGGCGGCCCGCCCGGCUUCUACACGGGGCCCGAGCGCACGCCCAUCCUCGACAGCGUCGUGGAGCCGCGCGACAUGAACGGCUUGUCGCUCCCGGAGCUCAAACAGCUCGCUCAUGAAUUACGUUGGGAUACGAUUCGGGCCGUCUCGAAGACCGGCGGCCACCUUGGUAGCUCGUUAGGCGUCGUCGAGCUGACCGUAGCCCUCCACAAAGUCUUCGACGCGCCGGAGGAUAGAAUACUGUGGGACGUCUCCCACCAGUGCUACCCGCACAAGAUCCUCACAGGACGUAGAUCUAGAAUGGGCACCCUUCGCCAGCAGGGCGGCCUGUCGGGAUUCCAGAAACGAGCGGAGAGCGAAUACGACUGCUUCGGCGCGGGCCACUCGACGACCUCCAUCUCCGCCGCCCUCGGCAUGUCCGUAGGCAAGUCCCAGAAGGGCAAGCAGCAGAACAACUGCAUCGCGGUCAUCGGCGACGGCGCGAUCACGGGCGGCAUGGCGUUCGAGGCGAUGAACAAUGCCAAUUAUUUGCAGGCGCGCAUGAUCACCGUCCUCAACGACAACGGGCAGGUGUCCUUGCCUACCGGUACUCCUUCCGCCGGCGGCGUCGUGCCGUCUGGUGCUUUGUCGGCCUACACGUCUCGAUUGAUCUCUUCCAAACCUUUCGCGGACUUCCGCCAAGUAGCAAAAGGCAUCUCGUCGUUGUUCCCCGAGGAGAUCCAGCAGAUCAACGCCAAGAUCGACGAGUACGCGCGCGGCAUCGUCACGGGCGGCACGCUCUUCGAGGAGCUCGGCUUCUACUACAUCGGUCCGGUCGACGGCCACGACUUGGACAACCUCGUGCCGAUCUUGGAGAAUCUGCGGGAUACGCCGUCGAACAAGCCCGUACUAUUACACCUAAAAACGGAGAAGGGUUACGGCUACCAGCCGGCGAUGACGGCGUCGGACAAGAUGCACGGCGUGGCGAAAUUCGACGUGGCCACGGGCAAGCAGUUCAAAGGGGCGCCUGCUCCUGCCGGGGCGCCGCCCAAACCGUCCUCGUUAACGUCGGUCUUCGCGAACGAGCUCUGUAGAAUAGCAGAGACGGAUCGCGACAUCAUCGGCAUCACGGCGGCGAUGCCCGGCGGCACGGGCAUGGACAUCUUCGGGCGGCGGUUCCCGAAGCGGACGUACGACGUGGGCAUCGCGGAGCAGCACGCCGUCACAUUUGCCGCUGGAUUAGCGGUAGAAGGCCUCAAACCCUUCUGCUGCAUUUAUUCGACGUUCAUGCAGCGCGGCUAUGACCAAUUGGUCCACGACGUCGUGAUCCAGAACCUGCCGGUUCGGUUUAUCCUGGAUAGGGCCGGUUUGGUAGGAAACGACGGCCCGACGCACCACGGUAGCUUCGAUUUGACUUAUUUAGGAUGCAUGCCGAACCUCGUGAUCAUGGCUCCUGCGGAAGAAGUGGAUUUGAUCAACAUGGUGGCUACCGCCGCGGCGAUUGACGAUAAACCUUCUGUCGUGCGCUACCCGCGCGGCACGGGCUACGGCCUCGAGAAAUUGAAUGAUCUCUUCGGCCUGAACCUGAAAGAAAUGCCGGAGGCCGGCGAGGUCCUGCCGAUGGGCAAAGGUCGGAUCAUCAAGGAGGGUCGAGCUGGUGCCUCCAAAAAGGUCGCCAUCUUGUCCUUGGGCACGCGACUCGCGGCGUCGUGCGAGGCCGCGGCCGAGAUCGAGGGCACGAAUGACGACAUCGCCGUGACCGUAGCGGACGCGCGGUUCAUGAAGCCGCUGGACAUUGAUCUCGUGCGCAAGCUCGCUUCCGAGAACGACGUGUUGAUCACGAUCGAGGAGAACUCGGUCUUAGGAUUUGGCGACUACGUCUUGCACUUCCUGGCGUUGGAAGGCGCGCUCGAUGACGGCAAGCUGAAGUUCCGGCCCAUGGUCCUUCCCGACAGCUUCAUCGAGACGGCGACGCAGUUCCAGCAGUACGACCAGGCGGGCCUCAACGCGAAGCACAUCGUCGGCACGGUGAACAAGCUCAUGGACCGCGCGACGGUGCCGGCCGUCUAGGUCUCUUUCGUCCGUAUUUCCGCCGUAAUACUAGUAGAUUG